UACACUAAUAAAAACUACAGGGGGAAAUAUAGAAGUAGGACCUAUUACUUGCGCCCUCCAACCACCCACAAAAUUUAAUCCUUAGAAAUUUACGGACAUCCAAGAGUAGGCUAUGGAUCAAAUUUACGAUUACGUACAAAGAGCUGAUUCAACCGGAUAUUGGGUCGGAAGUGUCGAAACGAAACACGAAAUCCAAGCUCAGCUGAGAAGACUAAUUAAAAAGCAAGAUCUAUUCUCCGUGAGCAUGAGUUCCCAACCAGCUUUUCUCCGAGGUAGAGGCAGGGGCCGAGGUUCUAGGAAUCCAGCCCCUGCAAAUCAGGCAGCGGCGACGUCCCCCUUCGGACCUCGGGCUGUCAAUGGCAAUGGUUUCCCGCCACAGAGACCAGGGUAUGCUAGCGCUGCGAGCCAGAAGUCUAGUGCUAGUCCCAGAUCACCUGGGUACAAGAGUCCUGGACUGGAGAAGCAGAGUCUAGAAGCCUGUAAGAUUGAUCAAUCACUGAGGUCGGUGGAGGACAUGUUUGCCAAAGCGCGGACAGAGCAUAUGGAGUCUGCCCAGCGAUAUCUUCAGGGGACGGCCGAGGACCUUGAUGAUUCUGAAGAUGAAGAGGAAGAUAUUGGGAGUCUUGUGCUGAAUGGUGUUUUCAAGUCGUAUGCCAGUUCAUAUGCAAAUGACAGUGGUGACCACGACGAUGUGAACUCGGCCCAGGAGAAGCUGCUUCACUCUUUCCGCUCUGGUACCUCGGCUUGCCUGGUGUGCAUUGAAACCAUCAAGAAAGAUGAACCUAUCUGGAGUUGCGUCGGCUGCUACUGCAUGUUCCACAUCCCGUGCAUCCAGAAGUGGGUGAGAGAAGGCGUGUACCAGAAGCAGUACAGCUCAGGGGAGUUCAGCAGUGAUAAACCCACUGAUCACAUUCCGUGGUUCUGUCCCAAGUGCCGCCAUGAGUACUCCCAGAGCGAAUGCCCGUCCCAGUACUACUGUUUUUGUGGCAAGCAGCGAGACCCAAAGUUUGACCCCUGGCUGGUGCCCCACUCUUGUGGCAAUGUUUGUGGGCGUCAGCUGAAGCCAAAUUGCGGGCACACGUGCCUCUUGUUGUGUCAUCCAGGUCCCUGUCCCCCUUGCCCCGUGAUGGGGAAGACGAAGUGCUACUGUGGCAAGUCGAGCCCGCGAGCGACGCGCUGUAGUGCCAGGGAGUGGGCAUGUGGCAAGGUGUGUGGCCGAACCUUGUCGUGUCGACAACACACGUGCCCGGAGAAAUGUCAUGCAGGAGAGUGUGCACCGUGUACCAAGACAAGUUUACAAGCUUGCUGCUGUGGCAAACAGAAGUCAGAAAGGCCUUGUGAUAGUGUUUCCUGGAAGUGUGAUAAGGUGUGCGGCAAAACUCUGUCAUGUGGGAAUCACGUGUGUGAGGAGGUGUGCCACUCCGGUCGCUGUGGGGAAUGCCCUCGCUCUGGAAGGAGGAAAUGCCCUUGUGGAAAAACAGAGUUUCAGUUGCCGUGUACAGAAGACAUUCCCACCUGUGGUGACACAUGUUCUAAACCUCUCACCUGUGGGGCACACACUUGUACGCAACGGUGCCAUUUGGGAGAAUGUGGACAGUGCAUGCAGAUGGCUGUGAAGAAAUGUCGCUGUGGCCAGAGGCAGAAAGAGAUUCCAUGUUACAAGGAGUUCCAGUGUGAUAAAAAAUGUAGCAACAUGAGGAACUGUGGGGUCCACAAGUGUAAUAGAAAGUGCUGUGAUGGAGGUUGCCCCAGUUGUGAGCAGAUCUGUGGGAAGACGUUACGCUGUCGCAACCACAAGUGUGCCAGUCGCUGCCAUAAAGGGCCGUGCUAUCCCUGUCCCCUCACGGUGGAUAUUUCCUGCUUCUGCAAGAAGACGAAAAUCUCCGUGCCUUGCGGCAGGGAGAGGGAGACAAAGCCGCCAAAGUGCAAGUUGCCUUGCCUGGCUCCCAGCGAAUGCCACCACCCGGCCCGGCAGAAACAUCGAUGUCACUUUGGCGAGUGCCCACCCUGCAGUUUUGUGUGUGGGCAGAGGCUGAAGGGUUGUGAGCACAGCUGUCCCCUCAAAUGUCACGAUGCUGUGAAGACAAGAUUUGAAGAAAAGGCUGAGAAGGGAUUUCCAUGGGAGACGACCAAGGUACGGAUUGAGAAAGUGGCUAAGCCUUGCCCCCCUUGUCAGGUUCCUAUACCCACACAGUGCCUCGGGAGGCAUGAGACGAGCGACAUACCAUGCCACCGCGUGAAGCCAUACUCGUGCGGGCGUGUCUGCGGCAGGAAACUGGCUUGUGGGAACCAUGUUUGUCAGCAGGAUUGCCACACAGUGACUGGCGCCCCGAGUGUUCAUGAGGCUGGCGCUGAGUGUCCCCCCUGUGAUCUGGGUUGUGAAGCCAAGCGCCCCAAAGGCUGCAACCACGCGUGCGUCAAGCCAUGCCACUCCGCGCCGUGCCCACCCUGCCUCAUCAUGGUGCGCAUGCGCUGCCACUGCCAGACGCUGGUCAAGCACAUCGAGUGCAACAAGUGGCUGGCUGCGUCGACCCAGCUGCAGGACACCCUCAAGUCAUGCGGCCAGCCUUGUCCUAAGGAGAUGGCAUGUGGGCAUCCGUGUGGCCAGGUCUGCCACUCUGGCGUCUGCCCCAACGUGGACAAGUGCGAGAAGAAGGUGACGCUGCGCUGCAAGUGUCGGAGAAUCAAGAAGGAAAUGGUGUGCAGACAGAAGGCAACGGCCGUGAAGCCCGUCUGUGAUGAGAACUGUAAAUCUAAUAAGAAGAACGAUGACGAAAGCACAAAGAAAAAAGAGGAGGAGGAAAAGAGAAAGCAGGAGGCAGAGCUUGAGGAGUACGAGCGCAUGAUGAAGGGACGCAAAAAGAAGCCGAGGAAGCAGAGGGAGGAGAUUGUGGAGGAAUCGUUCUUACAGAAGUACAAGCUGUAUAUGGUGGCCUUCAUGGUCUGUGCUCUGGCCCUGGUUGUGGGGGCCGUCGUGAUCAUGCAGGUUGAGUCGUAAUGUGAGUGAUUGUCUUAUGACGGACAGGGUGAAUUUUAAUAAUUUUGUGAUCUAGUUGUUUUUAGUGCAUUUGGGACGACACUUUUCUGUAAAAUUUCAGAAAUUGCCCAUUGUCUUUGGUAGUUAGAUGUUUUUGUUUUACGUUGCUUGCGAUGUAGUAAGUUUUGGGAACCUCACUAGGUCAAGAUGGUGACUUCACAGCUUGUUAAAACAACAGGGGAAGGGGGGAGGGCACCAGUCAUAAUUUUCCAUUUUCCUCCUUGCCUGUCUUGAUCAGUUGUUUGGCUUGGCCCAUCAUAUAUGUAGAGAUUAUCUUUGACAAAGAGGACUGGAGUUACAUAUUGAUGACACCUUAAGGGGAGACACUACUUUGAGACCCAUUUUAAAGACAUGAGCAUAAAGGGCUGUUAUAAACAUUUCAUUGAGUUGAUUAUGAGGAUAUUGUUGAAUUGCAAUAAAGAUAUAGUGAUUCUAACACAAUCUGAGCGAGGAGCGGCAUGGACUUAAGGGGUUCGGACCCCAAAACAGAACUCAAUUUUACCACUAUCCUCUGUUGUAUCUUUUUAAAAUAAAAAUUGGUGUAAGUACUUUAUAUUGUUGAAUGUUCCCACAAAAGGAUUUUACAAUAGAUCCAAUAUUGUGCUGUGCAGGCUUUAGGAGAUAUGUACACAUUUGGACCGGCUGACAUAAUCUGCAAUUUCAAAAAAUUUCUUUGAUCACUGAGCUAUAGCUUAGGGACUAAUAGGUUUAUUGCAAAAUCCUUCUAAGUGAACAGAGGUGAGGUAUUUGGCAACACUCCUGCCAAGUUUCAAAGAGAUCUAACUGAUGGUUGUUGAGAAAUAGUGUACUUUGGAAAUCCUCCCCCUUAGAAUUUUACAUUCUGAGAAAAUGAAGAAAAUGUAACAAAAUUAGUAAUCCUGAAAAAACCUACACAUACAGAUAUUGGAACCAAGCACAAAAGUCAAGACUACUAGUUUGAGGAUUAUAUUGAGGUAAAAUUAGUACAGACAACAUCCAAUUUCUCAGUAAAACAUCCAUUUAUGAGAACUCAUCGAGUCGAAAAAUAUAAUCCAACAAUCCAGCGUUGGAGUUCACAAUAAUCCCGAGUCAAAACCCACCAGCAGCAUACUGUUCUCCUCCUCCUGCCCUCACAAGCUCUUGCUCCUCACAAAGUUGGGCUGCCCUCCUCAUUUCUCGUCUCCUCUUAUUAACAUUAUCACACGCCUUUUCCGCUUUCCUCUUUCGAACACCGUCCCUUUUGUCACCGUACUUCUUGGUGGGACAGCCGAUGCUGAGUCUCAGGUCCUGGAGAAUUUGAUGAGUUGCUCUCGCCCCUUGAUUGAACUCACUGACGCCGACUGCCACUGCCACCCCCAGUCUCUUUCUAGUUACAAACACAUGCUUUGGGCAGCGUGCCCAUAUCACUAAGUGGAUACUUUAGUUUGUGUUUUCCUGUCAAUGCACUGUGAAAGCGGCUCGUUGUCAGUCAAUCGCUCAUAUACCGAAAGCAUGUGCUGUGUCACGAAGUCACUCAGGUACGUUGUCAUGUGCUUUUCAUGGUCCGGUGCAGGCAAACCUCUCGAUAUAGCCCUUUUAUAAAAAUACCAGGACUCUGCUCCCUCUGGACAGUCUUCGUGCUACAGCUUUUCAUUAGUUGACAAGCAGUGCCUGAACAACGCCCAGAUAGCUUUUUUCAUUUCAGGAACACUCUGGUGUGCCCUGAUAGCUCUAGUAUAAUACUUUUGCAAUUUUGCAAUCUUAACCUGCAUAAGUUUCCCCUUCCCAUGCCCGCCUAAAGUAACUUUUACCUUUUUUUUUGUCCUCCACCAACUUUCUCAAACCUGUCCCUAACUUUUUGCAACGUGAUUUACACACUCCCUCUUCUCUACUACAAUCUCAUAGGGUUUUGAGUCAUUGAUCUGCUUGAUCGUAUUACUGUCCCCGUCACACACAACACUUCUAUAUCUAAAACCAGUCUUCUCCUCCGACCUCCCCCACAUCAUCACUGCUGCCUUCUGUUCCAUGCUGCCAGAGGAUCCAGUAUGGUUUUUAUCACACUCUGCAGCAUGAGAUGCCAAGAAAUUUUCCAACGCCUCCCCUGACAAGUUUGCCAUAGUUGUCUUGCACCUGUGACAGUACUUACUGAGGACUUGGAAGUCCACCACCGGCCCAGUCCUGUUUUCAAUGACGCAGCCAACGUCAGAAUUAGAUGUGUGGCCGCGGGUGUGCCAGCUUCCGUCAUACGAGAAGUCGAUGUUGAUGACUUCCUCUCCUGCUCGUUCUGGAUACGCCUGGCGAAUAAUGUCUCCUGCCUCCUUCAACACUGUUGAAACAGUGCCUCUGGUGGCUUCCCCUGCAGCUUUCUGAUGGCUCAAGAAUGUUUUUUGAUGAAUGACUGGCAUGUCCAUCACCUCACAAAACUUGGACAAGCCAGCCCAUCCACUCCCACUAGUAACAGCAGAAGCAACUGCCUGGCGGUUGACUGAAAACACCGCACCACAUUUGUUUGACGUAUAGGUGGAGGUGAUAGAUUCUGCACAGACAGUGCAUGUCACAUCCUAGUGGAUGGACAGGCCGAAUGUCUUCUUGGCGCCAGUUGAUAAGGUCAGGGUUGGUUUCUGACACUGUGGGCACAAGAGACCGUCGAACAGCGACUGCAGGGUGUCGAGCUGAACUAUUGUUGACCCAGAUGGAGCAACUGCGGAAGCGGGUAACCCCUCGUUGUAGGCUAGCUUACGAGUCGAUGCAGACAAUGCGGUCGACUCAACAGAUGUACUUGACUGGGGUGUAGAUACAGGUGUAGCCACUGCUGAUGACUCAGCCGAUGUCGAAGGAACCCUCUGAUCCUGCUCCUUUUUGCUAAGCUUUGCGGCCCGUGCCUUCUCCAGUGCUGCUUUCCUUUUUUUCGAGGAGAUGCUUCGUCUGCCCUCGGUCUUACUAUGUGCCUUUGUAGCAGGCAUGAUUCAGAAACUGCAGGAAGAUACAUAUAUAAAGAGAAAUGUCAACAGGCUAUCAAUACCAUUACACAUUCAUCUAAAAAGAAAAAGCUGAAUGAGUUCAACUUCUAAUCGCAAGAUGUCUUGAUGUUAACAUUCAGGAAUAUCAUUCACAAACCUACCCACUUGAUAAACCUUACCCCCAGCAUUUAGUUGGAAUAAAGUGAGCCUCUUUCCAGUGUGUAUCAAUGUGGAACUCUUUCCCAAAAAUCACCAGUGCCAACAACUAACAACACCACAAUCAAACAUCAUUAUUGUAAGAUUUUCAUUUCGUAACCAAAAUGUGAUAUUUAUAGAUCUAGUAAUAGCAUUAAUCUAUUUUUAUUUUUAUUAUCUGAUUUUCACUAUGUCCCAAAUUUUAGGUUGCAAAGAAUAUGCACACACACAAAAUUUCAGGACCUAAAAGUCCUUUCGUAAUGAGCAUGUUUCUGUAGCUCCGUGUUUGCUAUGAUGGGCCCACGGUAUUUAGGUGCGUGGAGACAUGGUUUAUCCAUUCCUCCUUGAUGACAGGAUGAUCAGCUCUGUGUGGAUCCAGAGCUGUGAUGGAGCUGAAGGUCUUCACGUUCCUGUCACCUAUGAGGACUGUGUAUCUCAAGCCGAGCUCCAGUGACCGUUGCCACAACACCUUUGCUGCUUCGGUUUCCGUGCCUCCUGAAGUGCAGGUGUAGUUCCUCUGGCUGGAGGGCUUAUGGAGUUGGUACCACUGAGCGUCCUCCCCACGGUCCGUAGCUUUUUGGCCUGUAGUAGCACACAACUAAAGUAGACAAGAGCAAUUGGAGCAUUAUACAAUUAUUUACCGUAGUCUCUUUAUCAGGGACAUUUUUGGAAAAUACAUCAGUUGAGAAAAAAAACCUAUUAUUAUUUUGAUACGUAUAAAUGUUGCUUUUGAACAAAAUGAAAAAUAAGAUGAGAGCAGGAGAGAAAUGACGUAACUAAUAGUCCUAUCCAGCUUCUGCCUAACACCUGGUGAGAAAACACAAAAA